UACUAAGAAAAUGAAUAUAUUUUUGUAACUUUGGUUAGGACUUUUGAAUGUUUGCACUCUUUUAUGUACAUUUAUUUUCCUCUAAGUCAUUCAGUCAGACAACGUUUUACUAGCUAAAGGCUUGUCUAUAAGGCCAUGAUACGAUGCUAACAAAAACACUUGUAUGUUAGCUUCCCAGUCACACAACACUCUAUGGAACCCUUGUCUGACCUUUUCGUAAACAACACAACAAAUAAAACACUUGUCUCAUUACAACAACGGUUUCUCAGAAUAUUGUCUGAAGUUUCUUCACACAUCGGCUCUAAAAACAGUUGUCUAACAUGCAUCAUUACACAAUACCACAAUUAAGAGACCGUUGUCUAAUUAAAUUUAUUAGACAAGAGUUUUUUAACCGUUGUAGGUCGUAGGUGUUAGACAAUAGUUUUUCGAGGACGAAAAUAAAAUGUUGUGUCUUUGUUUCGGCCAACACUUUUUUCAGCGUCCGUUGUCUGACUAGUGUUGUCUGAUGCCAGUUUUGUUGUAGUGAAUAUAAGAGUUGGUUUGCCCAUGAUUUUAAGCUUCUCUUCUCUGAGAUCAUUACAUCUCCGUGACAAGUGCGGAAGUCCUUCACCAACCAAACCCUUUAGCUUAUUUCAGCUUUUCAACCUGAAAGAACUUUGGUUGACUGACUGUACAAGUCAUGGGUCCUGCUUUCCCGAACUACCACCGAAUUUAGAAUGGUUGUAUAUAUGUAGAAAACCACGCUUCACUGGAGCAAGUACCUGAUUCGUCCUACCUCAAACACUUGAAGACUAUGAACAUAAUGAGAUGCUGCAGCCUUCAAUCUCUCCACAAACUUCCACCUCAUCUUGAAUCCCUUACAGUUAGAGAUUGUACAAGCCUACAAGACUUUCCAGAUCUGCCGGAGUUGAGAGAUUUAAAACACCUGGAUAUUUAUUGCAAUGGCAGCAAUUUAGAAGUCAGUUUAGAGGAGAAUCACCUUCAGAUGGUAUGAUGCAUUAGUGGUCAAGUGCAAAGAUGAAGAUUUGGUCAAGUGUGAAGUUGUUGACGGAAGCGAGCUCAAAUCAAGAAGACAUCUAAAUGUCCGCGGGGAAAGUGCUACAUUGCAAUCCAUUACUGAAAAAGACUGGGAUAAUAUUAAGUUUGGAAUGGACAAUAAAAUUGACUUCUAUGCAGUUUCUUUUGUUAAAGAUGCUGAGGCCAUGGUUGCUAGAGGAGAUCUUGGUGUCGAGCUUCCAGGUGACGAGGUUCCUUCAUUGCAGUAUGGGAAAAGCUUUUAUAGUGGCAACAAAUAUGUUAGAAAUCAUGAUUGUUCAUCAACACCUAAGCGAGCUGAGGUAUUAAUAGACAUUGCAAUAGCUGUUAAAGAGGGUUCUGAUGCAGUUAUUCCUUCCGGAGAAACCGCCCAUGGGAAAGCACUUUAUCAUGCCCUCCCAAUGGACCACAUUACUGGUUCCGAGCUUCACAACAAGCUCGAAGGAGAAAUCAACUAGACCGCUGUGCCUAAGCUAAUUGAUAAGAUGACAAAAGAAGGCUUCGUUGAAGCUCAAAGCAAUAAAAGACUUGGUAUGAGAACUUAGCAUUAAAAUUACUUUCAGUGCAUGAAUCAGAUUUGUUGGUCGAUGUUUACAUAUUCCUUUUAUUUCUGAGGCAAGCGUUGAUCCAUUCUGAUCUGAAUGAGAAAAAAUUGCAUGAAGUCAAGGAAUGAGAUGGUGGAAGUUCUUUCGGCACAUUAUAAAUGCAAGUUUCUUUAAUUUUCCUGUAAACAGAUUUUCAAAUUAUGUCGAUAGGAGCUGGAUGAGCCGCAAAGGAAGCUGAACCACUCAGAACUUCAGACAAUUGGUACAUAUUUGAUCAAAUAAUUACUAUUCUAAUUUGAAAUAAAUGAUUCAAUACUUUAAGUAUGUAAUGGUAACCUAAAAGCAAACAGAGGAACUUGUCUACUUGUGACGGAGUUCGCUCCAUUUGAUCAGAUCUAACUUGCAUGAUAGGUGUAAAGCAUAAUGUAACGUAAAUGUAAUUACGAUAACUCAACACAACAAAAGACAGGAAACAAUACAUAAGUAUUAUACAGGAAUCUACAGGUUGGAGAUUCGAUACGAACAGACAAAGACAAUCAAGAUAUCUGAGACGAGCAUCCGUCCAUUGGAAGAAGUUCAUUAACAUGUUCAAGCCUCAGUGAAGAAUAAAGCACAAUCAGUUUCUGCUAUCAAGAUUGCCUGAAGAUCAAGUAUCAAAGACCAGAAGAUUCCAGUAUAUUUAAUUUGAUUAUUUAUAAUCAAAUUUAUCGAAGCAACAUCUGACCCGGAAUGACUGAUCAAGUAUAUUAUCAAGCAAAGGAUUCAAGGAAUCAUUUCAGUUCGAGUCGUUCGUGAACCAGACCAGUGCACAGGACGUCAGGACGUACGAAAGUAUUCAGUAGAUUCGAUCAACGAAUUAAUUGAUCAAGUCAAUCGAGCUGCUCCAGAAUAUGGCCAAAGAACUUAUUGAUAUACAUAUGUAUAUAUAUAUAUUAAUUGUGAAUUACUUGAAUAUAAAUAAUUCAAGUAAUUAAUUAAACACAAUUAAUUAUAUAUAUAUAUAUAUAUAUAUAUAUAUAUAUAUAUAUAUAUAUAUAUAUAUAUAUAAUAAGUGAUGCAAGUAUGUAAGUCAAGAAAUGGUCUAAGUACACUAUAGGGGAGGCGCCAACAUUGUUGAAGCGCAAACUUUGACUAAGUCAAAGUUUGCGCCUCAAUAACCUUCUAACACUUAGAUUUUCUAAGUACACACAGUGCUCUACAGUGGAGUCAUCACUGCAAUGAGCGCAACCUUUGACUAAGUCAAAGGUUGCGACUCCCAUCCACUUCACUAGAGCAACUACUGGAAAUGUUCUAAGUCAUAUCUACUGUGACACUGUGGAAGCUCUUGUGAGCGCAACCUUUGACUCUAAGUCAAAGUUUGCGCCUCACUCUCACCUUGGGGCAAAGUGCAAGUUUCUUGAAGAUUGUCUAAGUGCCACUACAGUGAAGCAAUGUUGAGGCGCCAUGUUUGACCUCCUGGAAGCGCAACCUUUGACCACUUAUAUGUGUACACAUAUAUAAAUAUCCAAGCGCAAGUUUGUGAUAUAUAUAUGUGUAUAUAUAUGUGUAAUUGGCGCCACUUCAAGUGCUGAGGAGUUAGAUUUAUUUUUAUAAAUCGAAUCCGUCCAGGACGAACUCAAGUCGUCCAGGACGAACUCGUUAACCAUGAUUAGUUGUUGGAAAGUCUAUAAAUAGAGGUUGAUGUUUAGGGGUGGCAAUUUCGGGUAACGGGUCGUGUUCGUGUCAGCAAUCGGGUCGAUUUCGGGUCAACCUAAAAUCACUUAAAAUUGAAUAAAACCAAAAAUUGAAGUUAUUACAAAUGAAAUUCUAGUUUCGGGUCAUUUCGGGUCCAUUUCGGGUCUGUCGGGUGAUUUUCGGGUCACUUUCGGGUUUCUGUCUCAGUAAAUCGGGUUUCGGGUUGGGUCGGGUUCGUGUCGGGUUUCGGGUCGUGUCUGAUAUUGCCACCCCUAGAUGUUUUCAUUUGAAAAUAACUACACACUUUGUAAGUGCACACACUAUACACAUUCUCGAGAGUUAAAUUAGAAUAUCGUUUUUAUCGAGAGUUUGUAAUAGAGUGAUUGUAGUCUCUGCAGCCGACACUUGUGUUGGAAUUUGUAGCAACCGAGGAUUAUUUCUAAUACAAAGAAUAUUCCCCGA